GUUAGCUUCGGUGCAUGACAGAGUGUUGUGAAGAUUUUAAUAGAGAGUGACAAUGUGGAGCUGUGUCACGUUACUCAUAUUGAGUAUAGCGGUCCAUAGAGUGAAUCCUCAACUGAUGUGCUACGAGUGUUUCGAUUGCGACAUAAAUGCAGCUAUUUUGGUGGAUUGCAGUGAAGAAUUUAUAACAAGUGAGCAACCUUCUUCUCCGGAUACUUCCGAUUUGACUACUCCUGAACCGACUAUCAAUCCUACCUUGCCUACCACUCCUGAUCCUACGUGUGCUGAUUGUGAAACAGAUACGUCUGCCACACCUACUGUACCAACAACUCCAGAUUUAACAACUGCUUCUACAUUACCCACUAUACCAACAACGCCGGAUUUGACAACUGCGUCUUCAUCGGCCACUGUACCAACAACACCGGAAUUAACAACGGUUUCUACGCUACCCACCGUACCAACUACUCCGGAUCUAACAUCAGCCCAAGAGUCAACAUGUCCAACGUGUGCAACAGAUACAACUUGCCCAACAUGUGCUCCAGAAACGGAUACUACGCCAACUUUUACACCAACUCUUCCAACAACUCCUGAGCUUACUACUGAAUCUACUUUACCAACGAGCGCCGAUCCUACAUGUCCUACGUGUGGGCCAGAAACCGAUACCACUCCUGUAUUCACACCAACAUUACCGACUACGCCUACACUUACGACAUCAACUGAAACCACUGCAACAGAUACCGACACAUCUUCACAGUCAACAUUAUCAAUACCAACAAGUCCAGCUCUAACUCCCACGCUUACUGAUACAACUCAACCACCAACGUUCACUAGUCCAACAACAGUGACUACUGAUACAACUCCUACUCCGACGAUUACCGUACCUACCACGCCUGAACCAACGUGUCCAACAUGUGGCCCUGAAACAGAUACAACCCCUGUUUUUACUCCGACAUUACCAACAACUCCAGAGCUAACUACCAUAUCGACCGAGCCUACGGAUACUGUGCCAACCUGCCCAACUUGUGGCCCUGAAACAGAUACAACGCCAGUGUUCACUCCCACUUUGCCGACCACGCCAGAACUAACUACUAUAUCGACUGAGCCUACGGACACUGUACCAACUUGCCCAACUUGUGGGCCAGAAACAGACACCACACCAGUGUUCACCCCAACCUUACCAACAACUCCGGAGCUAACAACCAUAUCGACAACACCAACCAGCUCGGAACCGACGUGUCCAACUUGUGGUCCAGAAACAGAUACAACACCUGUGUUCACUCCGACCUUACCAACAACUCCGGAGCUGACAACCAUGUCGACGAUAGUAACCGACACAGAUCCUACUUGCCCAACGUGUGGUCCAGAAACAGAUACAACACCUGUGUUCACUCCGACAUUACCGACUACACCGGAACUGACAACCAUGUCGACGAUAGUAACCGACACAGAUCCUACUUGCCCAACGUGUGGUCCAUCAGAAACCACUCCACAGUUUACUCCUACUUUACCUACAGGUCCAGAGUUGACCACCAUGUCUACACUACCGACGAAUCCGGAUCCAACGUGUCCCACCUGCGCGCCAGAAACAGGCGAUACAACUACUUCUCAGCUUACGACAGUCUGGUCAACGGUACCUACAAACACUGUUGGACCAACUACGCCUUCUUUCACAACCAUUUGGCCAAGGUUCGGAGAAACCAUCUUUUUACAACCCGAAGAAAAAGAAAGUCGAACUCUCUUUACAACAAUUUGGCCUUCAUUUGUUCAAUCCACUUCACAACUUACAACAAUAUGGCCAGACUUUACGACAUGCCCAACAUGCGAACCGAUACUCACAACCCCAAGUUUAACCACGAUAACCCCAUCAACUUCACAACUUACCACAAUUUGGCCAACUUUAGCGCCCACUGUGCUUACCACACCUGAUACUACGUGCCCAACAUGUGGUCCAGAAAUUACUCCAUCCACGAUAACACCUACGACUCCACAGUUCACUACAAUCUGGCCAACUGUGGCUCCUACAACCCAGAGUCCAACGACAAUAUCGACGACGACUCCUCAAUUCACCACAAUCUGGCCAACGUUAGCACCUACAGUGCCUACAGCUCCUGAUACGACAUGCCCAACGUGUGGCCCCGUUACGGAGUCUACACAGACUUUGCCCACAACUCCGAGUCUGACUACGAUAACGCCAUCAACUCCUCAAUUCACUACAAUUUGGCCAACUGUGGCUCCUACAACCCAGAGUCCAACGACAAUAUCGACGACGACUCCCCAAUUCACCACAAUCUGGCCAACGUUGGCACCUACGGUGCCUACAGCUCCUGAUACGACAUGCCCAACGUGUGGCCCCGUUACGGAGUCUACACAGACUUUGCCCACAACUCCGAGUCUGACUACGAUAACGCCAUCGACUCCUCAAUUCACUACAAUUUGGCCAACUGUGGCUCCUACAACCCAGAGUCCAACGACAAUAUCGACGACGACUCCCCAAUUCACCACAAUCUGGCCAACGUUGGCACCUACGGUGCCUACAGCUCCUGAUACGACAUGCCCAACGUGUGGCCCAGUUACGGAUUCUACACCGACUUUGCCCACAACUCCGAGUCUGACUACGAUAACGCCAUCGACUCCUCAAUUAACUACAAUUUGGCCAACACUGGCACCUACUUUGCCGACCACCCCCGAUCCGACAUGUCCAACGUGCGGCCCCAUUACGGAGUCAACGCCCGUUUGGACACCGACAUUGCCGACAACCCCCAGCCUGACUACGGUAACGCCGUCAAUUCCGACAACUCCCGAUCCUACGUGCCCAACAUGCGGACCAGUGGAAACAGCACCGCAGUUUACUCCAACGCUUCCAACAACUUUUGCUCCAACUUGCGCAACGUGUGAUCCAGUAACAGGAAUCCUGACAACACCGUGGUUAACUCUGGCUGCGCGAGCUGGCACCACCGAAUCACAGGACUCCACAAUGUUCGCUCCGACAGUGACUCCGCCGGCAAAAGAAGCAAGACAUAUCCCACUUCCAACUAAAGUAUGCUACACGACCGAGCAUCUAGUGAAUAAUCGAUUAGUGACUAAUCGAGGCUGUGCGGCACGGGAUCGCUCACUUGAAACGACAUGUGCGAGCUUGACAAACAACCAAUCGUUUACGAGAUGUUCCGUGUGUGCAUGGGGUCUCUGUAAUCGGUAAUGUGGUGCAACAAUUAAUAUUUAAGGUCAUUGAUAUUAGCUUAAUAAUUAAGUCUGCGAAUAAAACUAGUAUCUUCUUAUUUUACAAUUGUCAA